AUGGAGCUCGCGCAGCCAACCCAAGCCCCCGCCGUUUUGAAAGGAACGGAGCUCGCUCUAGCCAAGUGCGAGUGUUGUGGGCUGACGGAGGAGUGCACGGAGGAGUACGUAAAGCGGGUCCGUGACCGUUAUUCCGGCCGGUGGCUAUGUGGGCUUUGCUCGGAGGCCGUGAAGGACGAGCUGCUGAGGUCAGAGAAGACAAUCGGGCACGAAGAGGCCCUGGACCAGCACAUGAGCUUCUGCCGGAAGUUCAAGACCCUGACUUUGAGCCCGCCGGAAAGCCCGACCGAGGAGCUGAUCUCCGCUGUGAAGCACCUGCUUAUGAGGAGCCUCGAAUCUCCGGGCCGGUCUGGGCCGGCGAGGAGGGGCCGUUGUUUGGUCCGGUCAGGGAGCUGUUUCCCUGCUCUUGAUUCUUGA